ACGCCUUCUCGUCUCAGUCCUGUGUCUUUCGCUCCAAGCACACGCACUUUCCCUCUCUUUAUUUUCCUUCACUUUCUCUAGAAUCCUCCUCCUCCUCUGCCUCCCUGGAAUUUUGUAUAACCCCCAUUUAGCUUCCAAUUAAUCAUUCUCUACAGCUAUGUUGAUGUCCAGGGUGGUCUUGUCACGCGCAUCGAGGGCCGUGGGCCGGCGCUCCCUGCUUCUCCUUUCUCCUUCGCAGAAGCAGCAGCUACCAUUAUUCUCUAAUCAGACUGACUCCCUAGUUCAUGCGUAUCAUAAUCAGGUGUCUUUGUUUCAUCAUUCAGCCUUCAGUUCUUCUCCCUUUAAACGAUUUGGAUUUGCUUCCUCUGCAUCCCCUGAGCCUAAUGAAAAGGAACAAGGGAGCAGUGUAGAGAAUAAUGGUGCUUCCUCAAAUGUUGAAUCAGAAAAAUCAAAUGGAGAUGCAAAGCCUUCUGAUAAGGCAGAAACAUCUUCUGCAGAUACAAAAGAAUCAGGUUUUAAUUCGGAGCCCCAAUCAAAUGGGUCUGAAUCUGUCAAAAGAAGGAGAAGAGGUACUAAACGAACUAAAUUUUCUGAUUCAGAUUCAGAGGCUGAAGGUGAUCUGUCAAUGGAUGAUUUGGUGAAGCUUGUGGCGGAAAAGGAAGAACUUCUGAAGUUGAAGCACAAAGAGAUUGAAAAAAUGCAAGAUAAAGUUCUUCGCACUUAUGCAGAAAUGGAGAAUGUCAUGGAAAGGACAAAACGUGAAGCAGAGAACUCGAAAAAGUUUGCCAUACAGAAUUUUGCAAAGGGUCUCCUUGAUGUUGCAGACAAUUUGGGAAGAGCUUCAUCAGUUGUCAAAGACAGUUACUCAAAAAUUGAUGCAUCUACUGAUACUGCUGGGGCAGUUCCACUCCUCAAGACUCUUUUGGAAGGGGUUGAAAUGACUGAGAAGCAGCUUGCUGAGGUAUUUAGGAAAUUCGGUAUAGAAAAAUUUGAUCCAAUAAACGAGCCAUUCGAUCCGCAUAGGCAUAAUGCAGUUUUCCAGUUACCAGAUGCUUCUAAGCCUCCAGGCACUGUUGCGGCAGUUCUAAAGGCAGGAUAUUCUAUGUAUGAUCGUGUUAUCCGGCCAGCUGAAGUUGGUGUUACAAAGGAGGCAGAGGAGAAUGGCGCAGGGUCCAACAAUUAAGGUGGUAACGCUAGAAGACUUGGUCAGGAUACGAAUUUAAAAAGUUUUGCAUUUGUGAGAUAAAAUUGGAAAGUAACGCUUUCUUGCUAGAUUGGCCUUACCUGGUAUCUAGUGUACUUACAAGAGGGUCAUUGGUAUGAAAAUUCUUUUUUAAGCUUAUACUAUAGUUUUGAAAUUUGACA